CAGCCGUCUGCUGAGCCAACAGGAGCAGUGCAACAAGGACGCCCUUUGUUUUCUUCACUAACCGGACACCGCUAUACGAGGAAGACCUGCUGAACCGCACCCUGAUUGGUCGAUGUCAAGUUGUCAGGCGUCACACUGUAGAGAGAGGGCGAGUGGACCCAAAUGCAGGACUCGCAGGCAGAUUGAAGGUGUGGAUGGUAUUUAUUAGUGAGGCUGGACGGACAGAAGCUAUCUGAAACUGAAAGACUGGCUGACUGAAGUAGACCUGGAAACACACCUGUGGAUUAGACGAUGAUAAGACGAGGAACUGAGAGAAACUGAGGGUUUAAAUACACCGGCUCAUGAUGGCAAGAAACAGGAUGUUGCGAUCGCUGGUUUGUGGUCGGCUGGGUCCAGUUUGGAUGUGGAAAGCGCUGCUAUUCUUUGUGGCCAUUGCUUUUGCCACCCAGCUGCUAGGAAUCAUCUUCAACAAGAGCAGUGCCCAACCAGCUGCUCACUCCAUCUUUUCAUCCCCUGAUGCCCAGGGGCCGUCUCUGGGCUCCUGUCAGCCCCACACUCACAUCAUGUUCCUCAAGACACACAAGACAGCAAGCAGCACAGUGCUCAACAUGCUGUACCGCUUUGGAGAGGAACGCAACCUUCGCUUUGCCCUUCCACUGGGCUACCAGCUGGGGUACCCACUACCCUUCAAUGCUCACAGAGUCAAAGGUUAUCGAGGUCCCCGAGCCACGGAGUUUCACAUCAUGGGCAAUCACAUGAGGUUUAAUAAGCCAGAGGUGGAGAAAGUGAUGCCUGCAGACACAUUCUACUUUUCUAUCAUCAGGGAUCCUGUUGCGCUGGCGGAGUCCUCUUUUGCUUAUUACAAAGAAGUAGCUCCUGCCUUUCGGAAGGCAAAAGGGCUGGGCGACUUUGUCGACGACCCAAAUAAAUACUAUGACCCUCGUCUUCGCAACAACCACUAUGCCCGCAACCUGCUGUGGUUUGAUUUUGGCAUGGACAAUAAUGCUAAUUUCUCAGUGGAAUUAGCUCAGCAUGGUGAGGCCAUGAUCCGCCAGACAUUCAGACUGAUUCUUGUGUCCGAGUACUUUGACCAGUCUAUGAUCCUGCUGAGACAUGCCCUCUGCUGGCCACUGGAUGCUGUAGUCUCAUUUAGCCUUAACGCUCGGCAGCAAAAGCCCAGCAGCAACAGCGUAAUGAGCGGAAGCUGGGUCGGCAAAGCUGCCGUAGCGGCUGGCGUCGGUGCUAGAGCUGGACGCUCACAAGGCAAGAUGUUGCCCAAUCUGUCGCUAACGGAUCAUCAGCGGGAGAAGCUACGCCAGUGGAACGCCUUAGAUUGGUACCUAUACAAAGCCUUCAACCGCACGUUCUGGGAGGAUAUCGACAAGUUUGGUCGUGCCCAGAUGGAGCAAGAAGUAGCUCUUCUUAGGAUGCGGCGGGAAAUCCUGGGCCGGGUUUGUCUGAAGGAUGGUGGAAAGCCCGUAGAAGCGUACCGGAUACGAGACAAAAAUAUCCGACCCUUUCAGAGCGGAGUAGUAAAGAUUCUUGGAUACGAGCUCCAGCCGGGUCUCGACAAUGCUACCAGGACGGCCUGUCUGAGGAUGAUUAGGCCCGAGAUCCAAUACAAAGAUUUGCUGGAUAGUAAACAGUUCCCACGGGCUGUCCAACCCCAGCUGGGACAGCAGGGACAGCUAGCAGCUGGUGGUGCUUUUGUAAGACAUGAUUCAUCUAGGACAGGAGAGAAAAUGAUGAUGGGAGAAGCUGAGAUGGAAAGAGAAAGAGACUGGGAUGGAAGCCGUAUAAUGAAGAGUAACCAGACUUUAAAAGGAGUGCGAGAAAAAGAAAGAUUGAGAUAGUUUAAGGUGAGUUACAUGUUACCUUUGAUUUGUGAGGGGAAACGGACCAGAGACGCCUGAGCCAAAUUUAGUUUACAUGUGAGAAAGAAACAAGCUUCUCUGCAGCACUUCCAGUUUUCUUUCUUUUCCUGAACACACUCUCUGGUUUGGUAUGUUUUCAUCUUUGGCAAUUACUCCCAGUGACAGUCUAUUUUAUCAUUGGAACUGCAUUUUCUUAUUGUGUUGAUGCUUAAAUUAAAUGAAAGUUACAAGCUGUCCCAAGGUUACAGAGGAGGGGUACACCGCUCGGGUCUUGUGGCUGAUCCGACACAGGCGGGAGUUUGUGAAAAUAAAAACAUGAAGACAGUCUCGCUGGACAGAGCACUGCAGAAAACCAAGACAUUUUAGGUUUGUUGUUGCAUUAACAGCUGUUAUUGAUUUCAUCAGACAAAUGAUCGCUUCCUUGCUCAAAUCUUUUUUUGUAUUUUAACAUACAGACUGUUUUUUACAUAAGCUUGCCUUUAAACGCGGCUCAGAGACAGCAAAUCUCAUCUAUAGGAGAAGUCCGCAGAUAGCAGCUGUGGUGGUGCAGGUACAUCUUCCAGAUGAAUUUUUAAAAAUUCACUUUUAGGCAGGAUUUUAAAUGUUUUGAUUUACAUCAGGUUUGUGUAAUGAUUUUUUUCCCAGUGAAAUUAAGGUAGUGCUUCAAAAUAAGUGCCUGUGGGCGUGUCUCCUGAAACACCACAGGCUUGUUUGUGCUGUUGAGUGGUGAGUCUGGACUCUAAAAGCUAUUUCUGGAUUAUGAGUUUCAGUUUUCUGCCACAGUUUGUUUACAUUUAGGAAAAUACAUCUUUUAGCUUUAGACUAAGAUUGCUAUAUUGUUUCAGAUCCACACUUUCAGCAACAUUAACCACGUCUGCACCUGUCGGGCAGAAGGCUUAUAGCUCGCUGUUGUUUCCAGUGACUCCCAGCAGUCCCAGUUUCAUUUUGUCAUUGAGCUGCUCUUCCAUACUGAGGUCCAAAGCUACAUUGGGCAAGUGCAGGGCCAGCAUGCUUACCUUUCCCUCCUUUCUGAGGACGUGCCUGUGGAAGGAAAGUAGAGUCACAGACCAUAUUAGGAGUUUUAGCAGGUAAAGUGCUAAAGCUAGACGACUGUUUCAGUUGUGUUCUUCACCAACUGCUGUCCGUACAAUCUAACACAGGCUGAAAACAACGUUUCUUUGAUUGCAUAAGAAGUGUCACAGAGUGGGUUCACUGACAGUGUUGGCCCUGCCUUAGUGAGGGUCAUCCCUGCAUGCGAGGUAGCACAGGUGACAGACAGCGUCAGACGUGACUGCAUGCAUAUACAGGAAAUAUGCAUGCGCCACUUUGUUUUUAAAUGAACCUCCUUACAACAGGUUGUUUCCUAGAUCGUACAUGUUCGUUCAUUGUUGAAAGUAUUGAAUUUAUUGCCCAGUGUCAAACAUUCGAUUGUCUUGUUCUCCGUCCAGAGUCGGCCACCCUACACAGCGCACAUCUGGUCACCUCAGCAGUGGCCCGUAAGGGAGAUUCAGGCAUACUGUGUUUGAGUGGCUACCUCCUCUGAUGAAAGGAUAUUAUUCAUCUCUUACAGUCAGUCUGUUUAAAGAGAGUCAAUACUGAACAACGUCUUAAAAUCAAAGGGACAUAAAGUGUUUAUUUCCCUUCACUCAGGAAACCAGUGAUUUAUUUUAGUUUACUCUAAAACUGACUUUCUCUUCAUUCAUAAAUAAGCCAUCAUUAACAGUGAAACUCUUGCUUCAGGAGUGUCAUAGUCCUGUCUGGGGUCUCAACAACAUUGUUUCAGUCGCGCUAAUUAAAAUGUGCUCGAUGUCACAUCCAGAAAGGUCUCUGGAGGUCAAGCCUACGCAGACGUUUGGAAUGACAGAAGCUGCUUCUAUGUCACAGCAGCGUAACUGAAGUAAAUGGUUUCCUUUCCCGUGGUUUUCCUGGUUUCCAAGUCACGUCGUGUUGACUUUACUGAAAGAGACCUUUCUGUCUUUUGCACCUGCCAGCUUUCGUUUAGAUUUCGAAGAAUAUCGCUUCCUAUUCUGCUUGUUCGUGUUUUACACCCGUAACAGCUGAACAUUCAAAAAAUUACACAAUAUGGAUUUUUUUUAGCAUAGAGUGCUACUACAUGCUGUAACAUAAGUGUCCCUUAUAUUUUGGUUAUUAGAUAACUGUGACUAUUAUAUCCAGGUACAUUUUGUCACUCUCUGAAGGUUAGUGGUGAUAAGUCAUAUUUACACACAGCAUACAUGUCGGUACUCAAUCGCUGACGAAUGCCAAUCAAUUCUUGCCAACAUGGACGACAAACAGUUAAUACACUGAAAACUCCAUCAUAAUGUUUUUGUGCUUUUUGAGCGCCCUUCUAUAGGAUACCACAGUCGUGUCAUGUAAUCAGCACAGUGCAAUAAAGAAAUAAAAAGACUUUAUUAAUGCUGAGGAAAUUUCUUUAUUACACACUUAAUUCCAAUAUAAAUAUGGAAGAUGGCAAACAAGUUGAAAAAUGUAAACAAGUAAAAAUAAAAUGAGGUGAAACAUUUUCACAUAAAUAAAUAACAAAGUUAAGCCUGUUUCUUAAAUUCAGGACAGUAACUGUGUUGUCACCUCUGUCUGCUCAUACUUUUUAUUGGUGUUUAAACACGUGUGUGUGUGUGUUUUCUUCCUUUUAAUUGCACUCCAUUAAAAACAGCUUCUGGUACUAGAAGGUACCAGAAAGUCAAACUUUGCUUCCCGAUCUAGGAUAAAGCUUUAUUUGAAUUUUCGCAAAUACUGUAAUGUGACUCAUUUUGUAGCUCGUUUUCAGUAUUAAAGUUCCAUGUUGUACAUAGUGGACAAGAGCGGUACAGGUCAGAGUAAGAAGCAGUGGUAGGUGGUGUGAUUUACCUUCUGUCAUGCCCACUUCGCCAACGAUCUCUAUUCAGCCACUCCCACAGCCCUGACAGGACAUUUCACAGAGAACUCCUCAUGUUGCUCCAGAUGUUACUGAGCAGGCCGAGCAGCUGCAGUAUAUGUGGCUAUGAUCUUACUUGAAACUGUAUUCUGUCGGAAAUUUGUAGUAGAUCACGCUCUUUGUGUGCAUCUGUUGUGUUUGUUUUCUUGUACUAAAUAAUUAAAAAAAUCUUUAA